AUGGCUCAGGAAACGACUAGGCUUAUGACACGAGAGCAAGUGGCAGAUUUUAUCAUCAGUGAGCUUCGGGAGUACGAGUCCAAAGGUCUUAUCGCUCCACCAAGCACGCAAACCAUCUCCAAACAAGCGAAACGAGAGGCAAUGUUCUGUCACAUAAAAUCCUGGCAAUCCAUGGCCCCCCAUAUCGCAAAAGAUUUCGUCGGGCUCGAACGGAUGAUUGGUCGAUUUCCAUUGUUUGUGCCGAUUUGUGGGAAAAAAAUUCAACAGAGGGCCUCGAUGUUUCAUGAAGCGAUCUGCUUCAGCCAAGCUAUUGCCGACUGCCAGGCCGCAUUGUCAAGAAUGAACCAGUAUACCGCGGAAAGCGAGGAGUCGAUUGAGAAAACGGUGGCACAUGGGCCAACGUCGAAAAAACCGCCAAUCGAGUGCGAAAAGCAUUUUUUUCUCGGGCUAAACGUCAAAUGUGUUGAGAACUUUGCGAUUUGUAUGACCAGGGUGGUGACCUUCCGCGUUAGAUCCUUGGCAUGGUAUAUACAAGGACUCGCGUAUGAAGGCGCAAAACGUGGAUGCCCUGAAGAAGCAAAGGAUCCCGUCAAAGCGGCUAAAUGUUUCAAGAUCGCUGCAAAUUUGGAUCGUGACGGGAAUGACGAGUACCAAAAUAAGUUCGAUAGCAUCCUGUCAAAUCUGAGCAACAACGAAACGAGCGAAGUGCUCAACGCUGUAAACGAGCAAGAGCUUGCAGCUAAGUUUGGCACUCCGGUACGCCACGAGCACUUUCAAGCGGAAGAUUACAAUUAA